AUGCCGCUCAUGCAGAGCGCAGCAGAUGCGCUACCAUACAUCGAUGCACAGCCGUCACCAGGAGCCAUCGCCGCUGCCAAUGCUUUGGUUCAGGGCGAGAUCGACCCCGACAGCGCAUCGCAACUGCACCCAGCAAUUCCAGCGCAGCGCGAGUCAAAGUUCUCGGAAGUCAUAGAGGCAGAGCACGCGCGCAUUGCCGGUGGUAAGCCAAAGGAAGGCGGCCUCGAUCUCUCACGCUACGAACUCCUCGACCCACCUACCAAAGGCGACACCGAAGCCUGGAAGACAACUCUGCAGAAGGCAUACGUGAGUGCCGAGUACCUUCGCAGCAGGGACGUCAACCUGGGUCUGCUGGAGACUUACGGCAAGAACGCGUGGCUUAUCGGCAAUAGUCAGCUGGAGGACGAGUUGAGGGCAUUGGAGAAGGAGUUGGCGCAGGCGAAGCUGGACUUGGAGGAGGUUGAGCAAGCCAGGCGGGCUGAACAAGGGAACAUAGCAGGCGAGAUGCAGGGCUUGGAAGAGGGAUGGCGUACUGGCGUGGGCAGGAUGAUCGAAACCCAGGCAGCGGCAGAGCGCCUGAGGCAAGAGAUUUUGGAGAGGAAGCGAAUGGCUGCGGCCUGA